GUUCCGAGUCGGGGACCGCGUUCGCCUUGCGGAACAAAAUACAUAUAAAAUAGGCCAACUUCCGGCCUUGUGACUUAGUCAGACGAUCCCCUUUCUCGUAUUUAAUCGUGAUGAGUCUGAACCGCUUUCUUCUGAACGCCUUCCAAGCCAGACGGGCUCCUACUCUUCAACGCACUUUCCACUCCACGACUCUAGCCACCAUGCCUCGCACCGCUGCGACAGAGAGCUUCAAGUUUAACCACACCAUGAUUCGUAUCAAGGACCCGAAGUUGUCCUUACCUUUCUACAUGGAUACCCUCGGCAUGGACCUUGUUUCUGAGCAAAACAUGGGUGACUUCACCCUUUACUUCCUUGCCUAUAAUUACGACGGGAUCGCCUCGCUCCCAGCUGAGCAGAAGGCUAAAGCUCGUUUCAACCGCGAGGGCAUCCUCGAGCUCACUCACAACCACGGCACCGAGUCCGACCCAAACUUCCAAGGCUAUGCCAAUGGCAAUUCCGAACCUGGUAGGGGUUUUGGCCACAUCGCUAUCACCGUGAACAAUAUCGAGGAGGCAUGUGCACGUUUUGAAAGCCUCGGGGUUCCCUUCAAGAAGCGUCUCACCGAUGGUAAGAUGAGGCACAUUGCCUUCAUCUUGGAUCCCGAUGGCUACUGGGUGGAGGUUGUUCCUCAGUCCUUGAGCUUGUAGAGAACGCUGUUGGACGAAUUGAAGCACUGGUAGUCGAGUUGAUAAAUUCAAGUUGUAUCCCUAGCACUCAUCUUGAAAGUAUGUGUCCAUAGACUUUCAAAUCACGCCUUGGAGUUGCAUACUAUCGGCGAUCGAUAAGUAUCCAAAGGCAACUCAUCACAGUGCGGUGUUCGACUCUGCUUGUCCAAGACCGCUGGGCGGACAAGGAGUUUCGAACCUGAAAUUUGAAGGCUCACGACUACGCCCCUGACAGUACCUAGUAGAUUCCAGAAUCAUCAUCGAUCAUGCUCCC